AUGCCCGACACCAGCAUGCCCUUCUUCAACUUCGAGUCGCCUGCGCCGCCCAAGCUGGAUCUCUCCAGCGCACCCGAACCACUGUUCCAGGUGCCAAACUCGACUUCCGCGACUUCAUCCCUCUAUCACUCCAUCGGGCGUAAGCGUUCUCGACGUGACACAGAGCCUCUGGAGCCCCGUCUGCAACCCCCGACCGAGCUGGUCCGGUCCACGCCGCUGCUCCGCGAUCCGACCCAAACAAGCACGUCAUCAACAACGGCAGACGAGCACCACUCAGCCGAGCUCGACUACCGCCAGAACAGAUACCGCGAAUCCUUCCUACCCCCUUCUCUUGACGCCAGCGUGGAUUCCCUAGCGCCCGCCGAGCCCAGCGGCAACAGCCGCAAACGCAGCCGGCGCGACUCGUGCGUCGCGUCCCCCAGUAUCGAUGGCUCGGAUCCCGCAACCCCCGUGGGCUGGGGCCGUACGGUGAUCAACGCCGUCGGCAAGGUCCUGGACUUGUGCUGGUCCGGCGCAUUCCGCGGGUUCUACGCAGGCGGCGGACGCGGCUACGAUAUGGCCGCCGGGCCGGGACAACAACUCGAUCCCAGUACAUGGCAGUCACCAUCUUCUGUCGAGAAAGACAACACUUUCAGGUCGCACAACAAAGUUCAUUUGACUCCGAUCCCGGGCCAGUAUCCCGAGGAAGACGUCGACCGGAACUGGGUCGUCGUGCCAACCGAGUCCCAGGAUCCAUUCGUCGACACUGGCAGUCCUUCUCUACGCGCUCGCAGGGCUUACCAAGCGUCCAGUCCUCGUCGACGGCCAGCACAGAUUCCGCGUCUGAACAAACGAGCUGCGUAUUCCUCCGGUGCGCGACCCUCCACGCCAACCAGGAGCCCAACGAAGAGUCCAACGAAGAGUGCAGGUUUGCCAUCACCUCGAUCCAAAGAUACCCCGGGCUCCGCGGAAGUGCAGCGAUAUGCGGCGCAGCUUCGUCGCAAGGAGCGCCAGGAAGAUGCCAGUAUCCGCCGGCUGAACAAGCAGUUGCAGAAUAUGAUACGGGAAGGCAAAGAGGCGCUAGGGACGACGGUGGACGUGGGUGAUCUGGACAUGGAGGACUACGACUGA